CUUGAGCAUGUUUUUUCUCGCUACGCGAGUUGUGGAAGCCUCCGCAUGUGUCUACGAUGAACACUGUCACAAGGAGGACGUGAUCGUCUCCCGGGCUGUAUCAUCAUUCCCGCUUUUCGUCCAAGGGAAGCUGACUCUGGCUGACUCUAGCUGACCUUGUCCGCCCAUAUCGCGUGAUUUACCUCCUGAUCACAGCAUCUGACACUCAUUCGUCAACCCCACCAUGGUCGGCGCCCUAUCGACGUGCAAUACAUCACGCUCAUUCACGGGUCCGAGGUGCUGUCGCAUGGGAGAAACUCUGGAUAUAGCCCUGGGCAACCGGGACGGAUAAUCCCCAUCGACAAAUUGCAGCGAGCUUCUUCAUCCUCGGCCCAAGAGCGACUUGCAUCCAUCACAUUGGGGGCCCAAUGCCCGUCGGGUAUCUCGCCCACGUGCAGCCUGCCACCCAAUAAUAUCGCGCCGGGCCUCGAGCGCGUCCGAAAAUCUGCCUUCAGCACCCGUACGAGACAUCAUAUAAUCGGAGGAAGCAGGGAAUUGGUUUCUCUGUACCGCUCGCUAUCAUGUACGCCCGGACGCCACUUUCGUUCCCAUCGCUCCUCGCGCUCGCCGCGCUCGUCUUUUCGACCCUCUUCUCUGCGGCGUCGCCGACGCUCGAGAAGCGCGCGUCGCGCACGAGCCCCCCGUCGGGCGCCCUGGUCGUGAAUCCGGCUGGCGGCAGCGGAGUGUACAAGACGGUCUCGGCGGCGGUUGCGGCGCUGCCGAACGACAGCUCUGCGCGCACGAUCUUUAUCUACGCUGGCACCUACAACGAGCAGGUGCUCAUCACCCGCGCUGGGAUGACCACUAUCUACGGAUACACCACAAACACUGCUGACUACAACUCGAACGUGGUCAACAUUCAAAAUUCCCUCUCCGCGGGCACGGCCGGCAGCGACGAUCUCAGCGCCACGCUGCGGGUGCACAAGGACAACUUCGCGCUCUACAACGUGAACGUCAAGAACACUUUCGGCAAGGGCUCGCAGGCGCUCGCCAUCAGCGCGAUGGGCAGCAACAACGGGUACUACGCUGUCGGUUUCUACGGGUACCAGGACACCAUCCGGGCAGAGAGCGGCACGCAGUACUACGGACACAGCUUCAUCCAGGGUGCCGUCGACUUUAUCUUCGGACAGCACGCGUUUGCGUUCUUCCAGAGCUGCACCAUCGCCUCGAACGGCGCCGGCCAUAUCACCGCACACGGACCGUCGAGCUCCACCGACGGCAUUUACGUGAUCAACCAGGCUACUCUGACGACCGCGUCGGGUGCCGGCUCGCUGACUGGCCAGGUCUAUCUCGGCCGUCCGUGGUCGCAGUACGCUCGCGUUGUCUUCACCAACACGAACAUGGGCGCGCACAUCAAUGGCGCGGGUUGGUCGGAGUGGAGUGCGGCGACGCCCAACACCGCCCACGUCCUCUUCGCAGAGUACAAGAGCUCUGGGUCCGGAGCCUCUGGAACCCGGGCAUCGUUCUCGAAGAAGCUGUCGUCCCCCACCGGAUACACGAUCCAGGAUACCUUGGGCAGCCACGCGUGGGUCGACACGGCCUACCUGUGAUUUCGAUAUAUGUUGCCAUAGCGAAAAUACAUCUGCUGUGGAACGUUGCAUUGGCCGCGGGCGUAGGGUGGUUCAAUCGCCUCUGCUUUAUUGGUCUCUCGCUUUUCUAUACUCAACCGCCGCCUGCAAGGCCGCAAUAUACGAAACGCCCUUUUGCACACGCGUACAUCGUCAAUGAUUCUGCUUACGGCCUACAUGUAUGCAGCCUAUGAAGCUCCCCAUGCUUGGACGAGACUCGGCUAAAAGGACUGAAGUGGGUGGAAGCGAGUCUUAUGCAGAUGAGUUCACUGUCCGCACUCAACUAGCGAGCGCCCUAUAUGCUGCUAAAUUGUGUGACGCAAAGCACAUCCAGGAGCUUAUUGGUUGGUGCAGUCACUCGCCUGUGCAACAUUCUUCACUCCGCGAGGUGUCAGCUAGCAGAAACAGCGAAGAGCUGCCAGCGGAUCGUAUCCGGCCGAUUCGCAGGGAGUUACUAGUCUACGAGAGACCGCACUACAGCACUUUUGCCGCGAUGGCUCGACUCACGGAUCAAUAAGCACCGCACCCGCCAAGCUGACCACUGUGGUCACACUCCAGCCUGUCGACGCUCAAGGAAAUGUUUGUUCAGAGACGGGGUGGCCCUUUUUAAAUUACCAGAGCAUCGAUAUUAGGGUAAAACAAGUUGUCUAUGUGCUCUUUCUUUUUGCUUUCCUGGCCUUGGCGCGAGGAGUCGGUGCCGGAGCGACGGGCGUCUCGAAGAGACUAGACGCCGGCUGCGACGAAGAAGCCCUCGGGAUGGGUGUGGGGGUCAUCGGCCGGGGCGGGGGCAUGUAAGCCUUGGGGGCUACCGCAGGCGCAGUCGCAGCCCCGUCGGAUCCGGACACGAACUUGGCUGUCUCAAGCAGCGUGGGCAGCUUUCCGACACCACCGACAGGGGGACACCAUGGGGGUAGUCCCAGCAGUUUCCGGAACGGAUCCACCCGCAGAAGUCUGUUCUGCAGCAUGAUCGAGCAUGAGGUCACGAGCAUGCUCAAGAGCAGUCCCUGGAGGAGGAUGAGCAGUCGUUGCUUGGGAACUGUGAGAAACCGACCGAGGGGAGAUUCAAAAACCAGACGAGAGAGACCAUGGAUAGCAGUCGCAAUCCGUUCAUGAUAUGUCCCAUCCUCGGGUUCGCAACCAUAUCUAUGUCGCGGGCGGACAUCUACCGGGCGCCCCGACCACUGCAAUUGGAAGGAUGUGCGUCGGAUCCGCCGUGGUCAGGUCGGUCAGGAAUGGCAUUCCGCUGUCCGUCAGUUGGGGCACCGGCAGCUCGCACAUCCUCUUGAAACCAAAGAACAUGCCAAUCGAGACCGGCAGUUGGAAGAGACCAGCCGACAGCCCGAACAGGCUGGCGCCCACACUCGCUCGCAGCUUCGCUCCCGCCUGCGACGCUUUCUGCAUCGCGAGCGUGUCGCCGGUCGCGCGUGCCUCAGUCACCUUCGCCAUGAUCACGUCCAGCUGCGGCUGGAUCGUGCGCAUCCGGGACGAGUGUUUCUGGCUGAUGGCGAUGAGCGGAAAGAUGACCAGCCGCCAGAAGACGGUCGUGGCGACUAUGGUCCAGAACCAGUUGAACCCCGUCGCGAGAUGCAUCAGUUCGGUCGAGUACUGAACCAGGCCGGGGGGCGUCCAGUGGCAGAGGCCGAGCGCAGCAAAGUCGCCGUGCUGUAGUGGUGGCACCGCUGCGACGACGUCCGCUAGCUCGGGAGUCAGUUGGUCGAUUGGAAUGAGCCCGGGUGAGGGAGUGCUGGCAGCGGCUUCAGAAGCAACGCUCGAGUUCCAUCGCGUCGACUGCCGUCGGAAGGGAGGUUGUAGCUUUGGAUGAAAUGAGCGCACUGCUCUCGCGGUCGGUAUCGACUCACAGAACGCCUGGAAAGUAUGCUCGUGGAGAGAGAACGAAAGAGCGGAUUGAAGGGGACACUGGAAGGCGCAUGAGUUUGGAAUGACGAGAACGCCGACCAAAUGUGCGAACCAUGGGGCAGGACCACUACGAAGCGCGCGGGAGACGGGCAACACCGAGCUGCAAUGGAAUGGGCACCAAAGUAUCGACAAGAAAAGGAGGCACACACGGUCUCAAUGAAGCUGCCCGCAUCGUCUGCCCCAGAAACAGCCCGACGGACGCAGCCAGCAUCGUGUCAAAACAGGAUACUCAAACCACAGACAAAGUCGUGAGGCCUGGACAAUCCUUCAGGCUUCCUUAGCUUGCAAGGGCCCACGUGUCGUCGCGUUGACUGGCAAUGGCAAGGAGCCUGCGCAGCCAGAAAACCUGCUGAGGGAUUUGGCGAAGAGCGGGAGGGAAAGUUGUUGCCGUGUCCCAAAAAGGAAACCUCCGCUGAUCGUGCCCGGGCACUUCUCCUCACUCUAUGACCGCCUGCGCGCGUCCUGCGGCGGUUACUUUCACGAGAACACUACUUCAACGAGGAUUCCACAUUUGAGAAAUCCUGCUCAAGUCACUUAUCAUGAGCCACCCGCAACAUCUGUAUCGAGGCCACCGCCAAGCCUCCUUCGAAGUCGCCGACCUCACCGAGCUCGUGGAGCUCAGAGCCCGUCAACGCACCUUCCAUGGAGCCUACGGACGCACGGCCCUCAGCAAUCUCGGAUACUCAUUGACGAUCCUGCGCCUCUUCGACUCGCGCUUCCACCGCAUAGGACUCUUAUUCGCGAUCCUCGGCGCCUCGCUGUAUGUGCUGGCGUUCCUGCGGGCGCGCCACUCGCGGCACGACUUUGCCGACACCGAUAAGCCCGAGCACUCGGAUUCGACCCGGCGCUAUCCCAAGGCGCUUGUGACCAAGGGCCAGGACAGCUCGCGGGUGUUUGGACGACCGUUCGUCACGGCGGGGUGGAUCGUUCUGGCUGUCGCGACGGUAGUCGCGGGUGUGGAGAUCGGACUGCUGGUUCUGAUUCUGAAGAUAUAAGGAAUUCGCGAAUAAACUUUUUGUGUGGAUCCUACGCUGUACGCUGUUCGCGUAAUCAAGCGAAUUGUGCUUGUAACUCCCACAAUAAAUAUUGACUAAACGUUCCGAGAAACACUUGAGCAUGCACCAUCCAGCUCCACCUGCGAUAACGCCUUGCAAGUUGCCAUUCAACUCGACGGGCGCGGCAGGUACAUAAUCGGCCCGAAUGCAUCGUGUGGCAGUGACUCGGCUGCGCAGGAUUCAUCCCUGUGUAAGUUCCCAUCUGACCCCACGACUUGUCGGGAUGGACAGAGCGUGAGCAUGGUUGAUGUCUGCCGCCACGCGACGAAGUCUGUCCAAGUCGCUCACUCAUUCAAUCUCGAGACUCACACGCUAUUCAUCCUGUCACAUUCGGCGAACGUGUCGCUGGGCAUCAUGGAAAUGCAUUAGUGGAGUAUCAAAGACUGGCCUGAAACCCGCCGGGGACACCGUCCUCGUCGAUAAUCCGGACGUUGCUCCAGGUCCAGCCCCGUGGCCUGUGGGAUCGCACUCAGCACGUCAAGCAGCGGCGAGUUCCUGGCGGCGACUAGCAGGCCGAGAGUCGGAUGAUGCGUUGCACGUCCGGUCUAUAUUUCCUGCGAGCUAAUCAGAGCGGGAAUAGCGGCGGAGAGAGCACUUGUAUGGCCGACAACAGAAUGGGGCUAGAGGCCGGUCACUGACCAACAAAAUUCUGUCUAAGAAUACCAGUAUUAAAGUCGUCGCACGAAUGCCAGGAUCUGACGACCGAUGUCUUGGCUCCCGUCCCUCCUCCUCCUCUGCGUUCCGAUCGCUCGCGUCUACGCAGUCAUCGUCGACGAUGCGAGUGCACUGCUCAGUUCUGGGCUCCACUUCGAUUUUGUGGUCGUCGGGGGUGGCACAGCGGGCAACGUUGUCGCCAACCGCUUGAGCGAGAACCCGAAGUGGUCGGUGCUCGUCUUGGAGGCGGGAGGAUCAAAUGCGGAUGUGCUUGACAUCAUCGUUCCAUUCUACUGCACUCGCGCCACUCCAGACACUCCACAAGACUGGAACUACACCACAACGGCUCAGAGUGGGCUUGGUGGGCGGGCGAUUGCCUAUCCUCGAGGCCAUGUCCUCGAUUACAUGGUGUACACCCGUGGAUCUGCAGAGGAUUUUGAUCGAUUUGCAACCGUCACUGGGGACCAAGGCUGGUCUUGGGAUAAACUCGUUCCGUACAUGCGAAAGGUUAGCCCGGCUUCACCCACCAUUUUCAUGGACUUGAAGCGCGCACAGAACGAAAAUUUCACCACUCCAACGAACCGCAGCGACCGCGGACACUACGACCCCUCGGUCCAUGGUUACCAGGGCAUCAACACUGUGUCUCUUUCCGGCUUUCCGACUCCGAUUGACGAUCGCAUCAUCCAGACCACAGCUCAGUUGUCCGGAGAGUUUCCGUUCAACCGCGACAUGAACUCUGGGUCUCCUCUUGGGAUCGGAUGGACACAGGCUACCAUCAAGAAUGGAUCGAGGAGCAGCUCUGCAACCUCAUAUCUCGGGCCACAAUUCGUAUCUCGUCCAAAUCUACACGUGAUUUUGAAUGCUCAGGUGCUCUCAAUUCUUUCGACGGGGCCGAACGAAUUCAAGGCUGCUAGUUUCGUGCAGAAGGGGAAAAUAAUGACCGUGACUGCGCGCAAGGAGCUCAUCCUGUCUGCCGGAAGCAUCGGCACUCCUAAUAUCCUGCUGCAUUCCGGCAUCGGGAACAGUUCAACUUUGCGCACGUUGGGAAUCAAACCACUGCACAACCUCCCCUCUGUUGGGCAGAACCUCAGCGAUCACGCGCUGCUGCCCUUCGGGUUCUCAGUCAACUCGAGUAAUACUUGGGAGGCUGCCGGGCGCAACUCGACGCUUGCUGCACAGCAGCUCGCGCAGUGGACUUCAUCCCGCACGGGGCCAUUGGUAGACACCGUGACAAGUCACAUUGGGUGGCUCCGAGUGCCCGACGCUCUCUUGCAGGGCUUCCCCGACGCCUCCGCGGGCCCCAACACGCCGCACUACGAGUUCAUCAUAUCCAACGGAUUCCUGGCCCCACAGCCGGAGAAUCUCAACGGCAUGAGCAUCACCACCGCACUCGUGUCCCCGCUGUCGCGCGGCUCGGUCACACUGAACAGCACCAACCCCCUCGCGGCACCCGUCAUCAAUCCGAAUCUGCUCGGCGAGCAGGUCGACCGGAUCGUCAUGCGGGAGGCCAUCCGCGCGGCGCUGCGGUUCGCGGCUGCGCCCGCAUGGAAGGGGUACAUCAUUUCCCCGCUGGGUGUCAAUGCGUCCAGUACUGACGCGGAGAUCGACGCGUUUGUGCAGAGUUCGGCGGGGACGGUGUAUCAUCCGGCCGGAUCGGCGAGCAUGUCGCCCGUCGGUGCAGACUGGGGUGUCGUGGAUCCGGAUCUGAAAGUGAAGGGACUGAGGGGCCUGCGGGUCAUUGAUUUGUCUGUCACGCCGUAUAUUCCGGCCGCUCAUACUCAGGCCGCUGCGUACUUGAUUGGAGAAAGGGGUGCGGAUCUGAUCAAGGGUUCCUGGCAGUAGUAGUAGUAGUAUAUGUAACAUCUGAUAUCAACUCAGUGACCUUAUAUUACUCACGUGAUCGCGUUCAAGUAUGUCCCCUUGAACGUAGAAA